AUGCUUGCCUUGACACGUAGCAAUGUUUUUCAUAUUUUAGUUAUUGUACCUAAUGUUUGUUUAAAAUUUUUUUCAAGCUUUAAAUUUGCAGACGAUCAAAUUGAUGGCACACAGAGCUUAAACAGUUUGAUUCGACGWCUGCAAAACGAUAUAGGUCAAAUAGCAUUCUUGAGUGGUUGCGAUCUUGAACUUUUAUCUGAUAUGGAUCCAAAUAGUUUGGUUGAUAUGGCGUUUGACAGGUCAUUUCUAGAUCAAGUUAAAGAAGCUAGUGGACGGUUUCUUUAUGAAAAACGAGAAGCUCAAGAUGCAAUCAAUUUGCUCAAACUCUAUCAUGCCACGACAAUCGGUCAAAAUUCAUCUAAGAAAAGUAAAGUUUAAURCUAAAGUGAUGAAAAUAAUUCAUUUUUAAAAUCAUUUUACAACAAAAACACUUAUUAUUAAUAAGUGAAUAAUAUUUAUUAAUAUUGAAAACUUUAAUUUAUUUUAUCACCAUAAAACUACUAUGAAUUAAUUAAAUAAUUACUUAGUAACAGUGGCAUACAUAAGUGUAGGGUUCUAAUAGCUUYUGACCCUCCCCCUUGAAAUUUUUUCAUUUUACCAAAAAAUCUAAUUUACCACCAUUUCGAUACACAGUUCAUAAAUUGUUGGUAAUUUUUAAUUGAUUUUAAUUAAAUUGUUAGUUAUUAUUUGUUAUAACUAGUUAUACGAAAACUGUU